UUAUCCUCUCUCCUGCCAAUCCGGGAGACAUAUUUAGACGGGACCAGGUGGGGGCUGAGGGUUGCCAACUAAAGGCCCCGGCUCCGGUUCCCUCCCCGCCCCCUGCGCCUAUCCCUCCUCCUGACCCUUUCACUCUUGGCUCUGUCGGCAGUUUGUCCAGGACCCAGCAGUGUCCUCUGUCCGCCGCUCUGGGCCCUUCCCCUCCCCGCCCCCACCGGGAGCCCCUAACUCGGGAUUCGGCACCCAGGGCCCCUCCCUGCCCCGACCGUCCUCUGCUGGACCAGGAAAGCCCUCCCGACCCAGGCCCCACUCCGUCCAUGCGCGCCGCAGACAGGAUGCGGGCCCGAGCCGUGCCCGGGCUGCGGCUGGCCUUGCUGCUGCUGCUGCUGGUGCUAGGGACCCCCAGGCUGGGGGUGCAGGGGGAGGAUGGGCUGGAGUUCCCUGAAUACGACGGUGUGGACCGUGUGGUCAAUGUCAACGCCAAGAAUUACAAGAACGUGUUCAAGAAGUACGAGGUGCUGGCGCUGCUCUACCAUGAGCCCCCCGAGGAUGACAAGGCCUCACAGAGACAGUUUGAGAUGGAAGAGCUGAUCCUGGAGUUAGCGGCUCAAGUCCUGGAGGACAAGGGCGUCGGCUUCGGGCUUGUGGACUCUGAGAAGGAUGCCGCAGUGGCCAAGAAACUAGGACUCACGGAAGAGGACAGCAUCUACGUGUUCAAGGGAGAUGAAGUCAUCGAGUACGACGGCGAGUUGUCUGCUGACACCCUGGUGGAGUUUCUACUUGAUGUCCUAGAGGACCCCGUGGAACUGAUUGAGGGCGAACGAGAGCUGCAGGCAUUUGAGAACAUCGAAGACGAGAUCAAGCUCAUUGGCUACUUCAAGAACAAAGAUUCAGAGCAUUACAAGGCCUACGAGGAUGCUGCGGAGGAGUUUCACCCCUACAUCCCCUUCUUCGCCACCUUCGACAGCAAGGUGGCAAAGAAGCUGACCCUGAAGCUGAACGAGAUCGAUUUCUAUGAGGCCUUCAUGGAAGAGCCCGUGACCAUCCCAGACAAGCCCAACAGCGAAGAGGAGAUUGUCAGCUUCGUGGAGGAGCACAGGAGAUCCACCCUGAGGAAGCUGAAGCCCGAGAGCAUGUAUGAAACCUGGGAAGACGAUAUGGACGGAAUUCACAUUGUGGCCUUCGCAGAGGAAGCUGAUCCUGAUGGCUACGAGUUCUUGGAGACGCUCAAGGCUGUGGCUCAAGAUAACACGGACAACCCUGACCUUAGCAUCAUCUGGAUCGACCCCGAUGACUUCCCGCUGCUGGUGCCAUACUGGGAGAAGACAUUUGACAUUGACUUGUCGGCCCCGCAAAUAGGAGUCGUCAAUGUUACUGAUGCGGACAGCGUGUGGAUGGAGAUGGACGAUGAGGAGGACCUGCCUUCCGCUGAGGAGCUGGAGGACUGGCUGGAGGACGUGCUGGAAGGCGAGAUCAACACAGAGGACGACGACGAAGAGGACGAUGAUGACGACGACUAGUCCCAGCCCGCCCGCUCUCCUCCUUGUGAUCUCCCUCUGCCUCCCCCGUCCUCUCCCCGCCCCCCCGGGCACCUCCAGGGACACCGGGUCACUCUCUGCCCUGGGGCGCGCCGGGGUCCGCCGGCUGAGUGCCAAGCCCCUCUUCCCCCACGCGCCAGCCCGGUCACCUCAGCUGACCCGUUUCCCGUCCCACGGUGGCCCUGUGGCCACCAUUCGUUUCUUCCCUCAUUCGGUACAUCCUCCCCGUGAUUCUUUCCUCCUCGGUUCCCUCCGUCUGCACACACUCUUCCCCACACUCUCAAACCCUACAUCCUCCUGACUGGCCCGUCCCGGCCAGGAGGAAGGGCGGGCCCUGUGUUUGGGGCUGGCUCUCAGCGACCUCUUCUUAACGUAUUUGGGUCAAAUGAGAGGCCUCAAUAAAGGAUCUGGGGCAGCAUGA